AUGACUGAACUUGUUUUUAGACACCGUGGAAAUCUUACUGGCCGUGCUCACCCACACCCAACACUGGCUACAGAAGCAGCAGCCGCAGAUAAAUAUUCUAACUUGUAUAUGUACGUGGGGCUGUUCCUGACCCUGCUAGCCAUCCUGCUCAUUCUUCUCUUCACAAUGCUCCUCCGCUUAAAGCAUGUUAUAUCUCCCAUCACCACAUCCCCAGAGAGAACGGAGAACACCCAGGAGUUCACAGAUGUGGAAAUGCAUACCAGGAUUCCCAGCCCUUAA